UCAGCAGAUUAAGCUCUAUCGGCGGGCCGAUGGUUGUGUGAAUCAGAUUUCAAUACUACAUGCCACUCUCUCAGUUGGGGAGUGAUGAGGGAAACUGAAGUAUAAAGAGACGGUAGACAUUCCUCUUCUGCUGCCAGAGUUCUUCGACAUCACGACCGGCUCACUGCAGUCACAACCAGUUCACAACUUGAUCCCAAUCUCCAUUCGUGAGAUCAACGACCACAAGCCCCCGCAAAAAUGAAGCUCGCUAUCACGUCCACUCUUGCCCUCCUCACGGCUGCCAUGGCUGCUCCUAGCUCCAAUCUGGUUCAUUCCGGCGUGACCCCUCGCGCCGAGUUCAACCAGGCCGAAGUCUUCUCUUUCGCCCCAUCGGCCGCUUGCAACGUGCUCAGCUGCAUUGGCGUCAUUGGCCAGGCCCUCUGCAUUGCUGAUGCCAUUGAUCGCGACGACUACGCUGCCAUUCUCAAGUGUGCUGACAGAAAGGAGCUGUGCGGUUGUGCUGGCUGCUUCAACGACCUGAGCGACUUCCUCACCAAGUACGGCCUUUGCUAGCCGUAUGGCGCCGCUCUAUCUAGCACAUGUGUGCUGGACGGAUGGUGGCAGAUUCCGCAAGGAAAUGCUGUUCAAAUGUUAGCCUGUGGAGAAACGGACUCCCCUGUCUGUAGCCGGAUCUUCAGGAGGGAGCAGGCCCUUGAGAAUGCUUUACUAUUUCAUCACUCGUUUUUGGACCAGGUACCUGGGUUAGGAGUAGUUGAAUUGAGC